GCUCUGAUGAAAAGACAGAUCAAGUCUAUACCAUUGGGCAACGCGUUAGCAUCACUGCCAAUUCAAUUGAAACGAUGGCUCGCUUUCUUAGCUCAUUGCUGAUGGGUGUGUUGGUUUUGGCUUGCUGGUCGGCGUGCGUAAUGGCGGAAUUGACUGUCGAGCAACAAUUGCAGCGACUCAAAGAAAACUACAUUGAAAUGCAGCAACUGCUGGCUGACAAAGACCGGAGACUAGAGGCUUUGGAACGCGAAAAUGUGAAGAGCAGGAAAACUUUAGAGGUUCAAAUGACUCGACUGGAAUCGAAAACUCGCCGCAUGGAAAUUGAAGCCAUCGAGCAGAAGUCGCAACUGACUGCGAUGCAACAGCAAAAUGUCCCACAUUCUGGAACGCGAGCUGAAAUGGCCACGCGACAAGCAGCCACGCCCACCAUUCCCCGAUCUUGUGCCGACGUCCAAUGCAACGGACACACCGUCAGCGGCAUGUACUCGAUCAUGGGAAAUACAUCGGUCGAGAUGGUUUUCUGCGACUUCACCAAAACAACUGCCGAUCCAAAUUUCCAGAGACGCAUCGGUUACGCCGAUGUCAAAACGGUCCCGACUUACUUCUACGUCCAGAAGAACACGUCGCACACGACGGCGUACACCCCGAUCCCGUUCGAAGUGGAGCGAGUCAACAUCGGAGGAGCCAUGAAUUUACAAACGGGUAAAUUCACGGCGCCGAGAGCUGGAACGUACUUCUUCGCAUUCACGGGAGACGCUCGUUUCGUCGGCCCACGGACGUCCAUCGUGGCCGUCUUGGUCGAGAUGCUGUGGAACGGCCGUCGGGUGGGAACCGCUCGGACCACAGAGAGCAACACGGCCGGCAGCGUGCACAGUCAAAUGUCGAUGCAAUCCACCCUCCAUUUGAAGGCUGGAGAUCAAAUUUGGCUGCAGAUUGGCUUCAUGACCUCAGGUGGAGUAGCGUACGUCUUCGAUAACCCCAAUGCCGAUCAGCGAUUCAAUCAUUUCACCGGUUGGCUCGUCGAAGAGAACCUUGCUGGACUAUUCUAGCGACAACGUUGUUUUUUACAACCACGACGGCGUAGAAAUGAAUGACUUGAUCGAAAUACAAAGAGAAAGGCA